GGCAAACGUAUCAUUUCACAUAGAGUGUUAAAAUUAUUAAUUAAACAACUAAUUUACAAAAAUUAGAAGCCAUGAACGAUCCCAAUAAAGUUAUUAAUGUUAAUCUUUCCUCGCUGCUUAGUUUAAAAGCUGAAUUAUUACGCAAACAAGCCGAGGUGAACAAAGCAAAAGUAGCCCAGUCCUCCACUUCCAACAAGGAGCAAGAAUAUACAUCCCACAAACAGAUAAACAAACCAACUGACGAAUACGAUGACACCAUCUCACAUAAGAAGAAAGACAAGAAGAAACGGUCUAAAGAAAUAGAAAAAAACAAAGAAGCCACCACCUAUGAACAUGAAGACUCGCUUAUGUUGGAAAAAUCGCAAAAAGUUCUGGAAGCAAAAGCUAAAUUUUAUGAGCGUAUGCAGAAAACUGGAGGUAAAUUAAAUUCUGACGACAAUUGUCUAGUAAUGUUUAACAAAAAGCAACAGGAGGUUAGACAAGAUGUUAUACACACUUUGGAAACACCUUAUAGUUCAAGCGAUGACAAUAGUGAUGAUGAUGACAGUGAUCAUCCCGAUGACCCAGAAGAUCACUGGGUGGAAUACACCGAUUGUUUGGGUAGAACGCGAACCUGUUUGAAACGUGAUUUAACAGAGGCCAAAAGGAAAGAUGAACAGUUGGCGGCCAGCAUGCCAGAGCGUUUGGAUCAAAGCAAAGCCAACUGGAUGAUUGAUACCGUGGGUGAUAAAACCCUGCAGGAUGAGGAAGAAGAUAAUGAUGACAUGAUAGGACCCAUGCCACCGCAAUCGGUUUUUGGUGAUGGUCUUUCAACCAUGUCAAAACUCGAAGAACAAAAAGCAAAUUGGGAGCGUAAAGAACAGGAAAAUCUGGAUAAAGCAGAUGUGCAUUAUCAAGAUGUAUUUUUCGAUGAAGCCAGACAGCAUGGUGUCGGCUAUUAUGCCUUCUCCACCGAUGAGGAAGAACGUAAGAAACAACAAAAAGAAUUGGAAAAAGCCAGACAACAAACAGUAGAAGAGCAGAAACGAAGGGAAGCCUUAAAAGAGCAAAGGGAGAAAAUUAUAGCCGAAAGAGUGUUAGCGGCUAAAAACAGACAACGGGCUAGACUAGGUUUACCACCCUUGGAAAAAGAGGAAAUCAGUGAAAACAAAGAAAGCUCAGAAGAUAAGCCCCCAGAAACUAAAGAAGAACGCAAAUCACGCAAGAAGGCAGAAAAGCUAGAAAAGAAAAGACUACAAGAAGAGGAGGAACGCGAAAAGGAACGUCUUAGUCAUAUACGACCUUGGGAUAAAGAAAAAGAUGGAGUGGUGCAGCAGAAAAAUGGUGAAGAGGAGGAAUGGCAAUAUAAGCCUGAACGUGAGCCCAUGUCACAAGAACAAUGGAAUGAAUAUAAACGUAAUGAACGUAUAAAUGAAUUUGCUCCACCUACAGCCAGUAAUGCUCCGGAUAAAACUUUAAAACGUACUAAUUUUAAAAGUAAUUCCAAUUUUCAUGCUCCUGCAAAUUAUAACAAUGUGCCACCAACUGAAAUAGAUACGGGCUUUUCCAAAUAUCAAAGUACAAAGAAAACCUUUAAAAGACGUAAUUGUGUGGAAGCUACACAAGAAGACUUGCCUUCAACAUCUAACUACACGAAAACUGGUGUAUGCAUACCACCCCCGACCAAUUUGGAAGAUUUUCAUUUACCUUCACACAAUAAAAAAGCGAAAUCAUCGCAUGAACUGGAAAAAUCCAUUGAGGCUGGUCUACGUUUUUUGCGCAAUAACUGUGAUAAGGAAAUACCUGCGAGUAAAUCUUCCUGGACAGCAAAGGCCGAUUACUAAGUGUUGUUAUGAGAAGAAAUGAAAUAUCUAAAGGUAUAUAUUAUUUUUUAUGGUAGUUUAUUAUUUGUUUCUUUAUUUUUGGUUAUAUAAAUUACAAAUUUAUUGUCUAUAUUAAGAUAUUUAAAUUGUAAUUUAUAUUUCAUUAUUUUAACAUUUAUAGAAGAACGAACAUCUUUUGUAAUAUAAUUAAAAUACUAUUGUUUAGUCACUAACUUUGGCACAUUAAGAAAUAGUGUCUAAAUAAAAACUAAAACGGAUU